CGUGACCUCCGCUCCGCUUUUUACAGCCGCUCUCAGCGCGUCUUUGUCACUUUGUCCGGUGAACACAGAGACAUGGCUCCAUCCUUCAUCAGCGUCUCCCUCCUCUUCAUCGGCCUCCACGCAGCAGAUGGAUUCAUGGAGUUUAGGACGGAUGAAUGUGUCUUUAACUCCACGGAGCUGAAGGACAUCGAGUUCAUCAGGUCUUCUUACUACAACAAGAAAGAAGACACGAGGUUCAGCAGCUCAGUGGGGAAGUUUGUCGGCUUCACUGAACAAGGAGUGAAGUACGCUGCUAACUGGAACAAAGACGCUUCAUAUCUGAGUGCUAUGAGAGCUCAGAAGGAGGUUUACUGUCUGAACAACGUCCAGAUCAAAUAUGACAAUGCUCUGACUAAGUCAGCUGAGCCCUACGUCAGGCUGCACUCUGAGACGCCCCCUGGUGGUGGACCUUUGUCCAUGUUGGUCUGCAGCGUCUAUGACUUCUACCCCAAGAAGAUCAUCGUGAGGUGGACCAGAGACGGACGGCCAGAGACCACCGGGGUCACUUCUACCGACGAGCUGGCAGACGGGGAUUGGUACUACCAGACCCACUCCCACCUGGAGUACACGCCCAGGUCUGGAGAGAAGAUCUCGUGUGUGGUGGAGCACAUCAGUCUGAGUAAACCUCUGGUUACCGACUGGAACCCGUCCAUGCCCGAGUCUGAGAGGAACAAGAUCGCCAUCGGAGCCUCAGGACUGAUCCUGGGUCUGACUUUGUCUCUGGCUGGAUUCAUCUACUACAAGAGGAAAGCCAGAGGACGGAUCCUGGUUCCCAGUCACUGAACCGGUCCUGGUCUUGGUUCUGGUUCCUGCUGCUCGUCAGAUGGAAGGAAAAGCCGGACUGGAUCAGAUGUGGAUGGGUGCUGGAUCAGGUUCUGGUGCAUCACAGCUGGAUGUGGACUCUGCUUCUUCUACGUGUGACUCACAGCUUUUCUGUGUGAAAUCAACAUAAACGACUCGAUUAGUUGAAAUGAGACGUGAUCAGUUAUCUGAAUGAUUUGGGGCUCGUUGGUUCUGUGAUUCUUACAUUUAUAUUUUCUUACUGCAGUGAAACGUGUUACAAACACAAUAAACAUCAGACAACUGGGUUUCUGUCAGAGUAUUUUUACUGUUUAGUAGAAGUACUUCUACUGGAACAGCUGUUCUUAAAUACUAUUAGAAUUAGUACACAUCUACUUGUGUUAAAUAAGUAUUUUUUCUAUUUAGUAGAAGUACUUAUACAUCAACAUAGAUGCACUUUGUUGUAGAAGAACAACCAGUUUACCAUAAACAUUUUCUGGGCCUUUUUUUUUAGCAAAGACCAAAUUACAUUUUAUGUAUAUGUCUGUUCUACAUAUUCAUUACUUCAUUAAAAGAUCCUCCCAUA